AUGAUCAGCUCAGACACCGCAACCUUCACCAAUGCCAACGAGCCUCGUGCGGCACGUCCCAUACGCCGCCACGACCUGCCACAGUCUCCACGCUUCAAGGACAACGUCCUGCAACCUCUCAUUAUCCUGGCACGCCAACGCGGAUCCUUCCUCGCCUUUCAUGACCUGGUAUUUCUCCCGCUGCUCACUUCACCUCCCAUGCCUUAUCAUUCUCGGCGCUUCACGCAGCUGCCCAUGACAUCUCGUUCCUUCCCUGGUUGGCAUUCUGGUGCUGCGCUCUUCAUCUCAUUUAUACAACCCAUACCUGUUACAGUCAUCCGUAACUCCUACAGAAGCCCCCGCUCUGCUAGACUCCUGACACGGCGGUGCACCACCUACACUUAG